CAACUGAGCGACGCGGAAUUCAUAUUUAGACUUCAGGAAAUCUUUACCGGCAUUUUUACUAGAGUAAUUCAGUUUAUAACAGUUUACAAAAGAUUAGACAGAUGCCAGACCGCGUAAAAUAUCAAUAUUUGUUAUUUUUUGGUUCCUAUGUUGUUAUAAAGAGGCUACACUGUAUUUAUUCUAAGUUUAUAGACGUGGCGAAAUUCCGCGCGGGCCACGUAACGCUGUUUCAAGAACAUCUGCAUAAUUUGUCUGCAUUUAGACAUCAAACGCGAUAAAGUUUAUUCUCGGCGUUCGGUUUAUUUUUACGAGACUUUACCAAUGGAGAUGUUUGUGCUUACACGUACAUGCGUCGGAAACACAAAACAAUCGAAUUUAUUUGAUGAGUAAUCACGCGAAACAAUUACAGUUAUAAUAAAUCACUAAAUCAAUAUUUAAGAUCACAUCUGCUUCUUGAAAACAUCAUAUAUUCCAUUGAAAUGUAUAUAUUUUCUCGAAAAUAUUAUCUUACGGAUCUUCGGUGCCAUUUUAUUCUCGGCUACCUGAAAUUGGCACUCACAGACACACAUCUGACUAUUUGACCCCUCGGAGGGUACCGCUACGCGCCGAAAUCUACACCACAGAGACUUUACUUUAUGUUUGCCGUCGGCGUAGCGUAGUUGUGGCGCGACGCCGGUUAAGAAUGGACGUGACGUAAACGUGUAAACUCGAAAAACAAGCGUCCGAAACCGGAACACCGCAGCAUUCUACAUCUAGUGAACCAGUGAAUCAAACAUGAAUGAAAACAUCACAUAAACAGCAAGCAAAUCAAAUCAAACACAUAAAAUUCACUUAUUUCACUUAUCGAUAAUCAAUACAUCCAUAAAUCCAUACGUGGCGCAAAUAAUUGAUUCAUUCGCAAAAUGUAAAAUUCCAACACCACACCACAUGAAUAAUGUAAAUGACGUGUGGUAUACUUGUCAGUUUCGCCGCUACUUAUUAACGUAAACGUGUAUUUGUUCAAUUUUUAUCUAACUGCAAACAAAUACGAAAGUAAUGAGCACACAAGCAACACAAAAGUAACACAAGGCAAACCAACAUCAACAUCACCCAAACACCGACGACAUCAUCAUGUGGAAGCGCGUGGCCUCUGCGUUAUUCUACGCAUUCUCUUCGUUCACGAUCACCAUCGUCAACAAGAACAUCCUCACCAACUACAACUUCCCGUCUGGGAUGUGUCUGGGCCUCGGGCAGAUCCUCACCACCAUUCUACUCCUCUACACAGCGAAAAUGAUAAAAAUCAUCGAUUUCCCAGACUUAAACAGUGAGACAUUCUUCAAACUUCAACCACUUCCAAUGAUCAACAUGGGGAAUCUUAUCUUCGGCCUGGGAGGAACAAAAGAAUUAAGUUUACCUAUGUACACCGCCUUAAGAAGAUUCUUGAUACUCAUUACAAUGUGGGCUGAGUAUUACCUGCUCAAUGUCCAGCCGAAUCUUAACAUUACUCUGAGUGUCUACAUCAUGAUCAUCGGCGCAUUGAUAGCUGCCUAUGAUGAUUUAGGAUUCAGCGCGGUAGGAUACACCUAUAUCUUCCUGAAUAACAUCUUCAGCGCUGCGAAUGGUGUUUAUAUCAAGCUAAAACUCGAGACGAAGAAUGAAAUGGGUAAAUGUGGAUUGAUGUUUUACAAUGCGUUGUUUAUUUUGAUUCCGACGUUGAUUAUGGCACAUCUCACUGGGGAAUUACUCCAGGGAUAUGAAUAUCCUGGAUGGGGUAAUAGAUGGUUUCUAGCGCAGUUUGGGAUGUCUUGUCUGAUGGGAUUCAUUCUGAAUUAUAGUGUUUAUCUUUGCACGACGUAUAAUUCGGCGCUGGGGACAAGUAUAAUUGGAUGUUUUAAAAACGCGUGUAUUACUUAUGUUGGGAUGGUGUUUGGGAAGGACUAUAUCUUUUCCACUGUGAAUUGUAUAGGGAUUAAUAUUAGUGUUGCGGGCAGUUUGAUUUAUUUGUAUUGUAGUCAAAGGACAGAUGUGGUGAAGGAAAAGACGAGUUCCAGUGCAAUUGUAAAACUUAUGCUUCGACACGUCCAUGGACGUUUUUUACUUGCAAAGCGUUUGAACUGCGGUUAUGAACGUGCAGUGCAUCAAGAAACGCAAGAAACUCGAAGUGAAAACGCUGCUCAAGGUGAACGUAUUGAUUGUUUCGAGGAAUACUUUAAGAAGCAUCAUAUCCAGACGAAUUUCUUUCAAAAAACACUUCUGGGAGUCGGGGCUGGGUUAAUGGCGUUGUAUGAUCCACAUCGGGGUGAUAUGAUUGCAACUAUGGGUGAAACAACAGGCUACGGUGCAAUACAAUUCAUCAGAGAGCGAAUGGAGGCUUGCGAGGAAGGUCAACGAAUCCUCCGUGAGCGUCCACGAAUAAAUUCGAAGACUGUUGAUUUGGAGAAACUUAAAGCAUACCCAGAGGGUACCUUUGGAAAGAUGUACAGUAAUUUUCUAAUCGUUAAUAACGUGACGCCGGAUGCAAGGCUGCCGGUGCAAUUUGUUGAUGAUGUCGAGUCGGCGUACGUGAUGCAGCGGUACCGCGAAGUUCACGACCUAUUUCACGCCGUGCUUGAAAUGCCUACGAAUAUGUUAGGUGAAUGUACUGUAAAAUGGGUGGAAGCAAUACAAACAAGACUACCUAUGUGUGUUUCUGGAGCACUGUUUGGUGGAAUGCGAUUAAAACCAAAGCAUAGAGAGCUUUAUGUCAAGUAUCACCUUCCCUGGGCGAUUCAUACUGCCUACAAAAUUAAACCCUUGAUGAAUGUUUACUAUGAAAAACGUUGGGAGCAACCAAUCGAAGAGUUUCAUCGAGAAAUUGGAUACCAACCACUUUUAUACCCCAAAGGUGCAACUGCAAGUACAAAUACAACAACAAAAAGUAAACAAACUUAAUUUAUGUAAGUAUUAUCCAAAAUUAUACAAUUUAUACUGAAAAUAAGGCAAAAUGCAAUAAAUUAAAAUUUUUAAUUUAAA